AUGAAGAAGCGAUUUAAGAUAUUGCCACUCAUCUCGCACAUAACACUCCUGAAAACUCAACAAAUCUAUGGCUUCCCCAAUUUCCUUCCAGGUUUCAGCCCCUCUUCUUCUGAGUUGGUACUUUCUGUAAGAAUAGGGAAACUGCAAUCUUGCAGCAUCAAAGAGACUCCUUUGUUGAUCCAUGGAGAAUCCAAGGCUAGCACAAACACAUACAAACCCACCACUAUAGAAACUGCAACACAAAGAUACAUCUCUUCUGUGAAACUUGCUAGAGUCAUUAAUCAACAGUUAGAGAGAGGUGAUGGAGGGAACAUAGAUAGUUGA